AUGUCUGGUAAACGCUCAAAUUCAAAGCAAUCGUCAGUAAUCGUGUCGGCAGAACGACGUGAAAAAACCCCAAAAAGACAAAACAUCGAUGGUAUUACAGAACCUUUGGACGACGUUGGUCAGUCAACCAGUAAUAUCAAUGAUGUAAUAACAUUAAGACGUGGACGUCGAUCAAGGAGGCUAAGGUCGAGGAGCCGCAGGAGGCGUGGCCGAUCGCGGUCUGGUCGCCGUCGGACAAGGAGACGUAGCGUCAGCGGUACCGAAGAAGACGAAGACGACGACUACAGCACGGACGCUGAAGAAGACAACGAAGAUGACGACUCUUCAAUGGUAGAUGCGUCGUCUAGGAGAAGAUCGAGAAGAAGGAGAAGUAGACGAAGGGGUGGUCGGCGACGUCGCCGUCCAGAUCAGAUCAGCGGAACCGACGAUGAUGAUACCGAUGAAAACACCGACUUAGAGACUACCGAUGACAUCGCAUCGUCCAAUAGUAGUAGCGUCCCAACGAUGGCGGCCAGAGGAUGUGGUAGACGCCGCAGGAGGAGAAGUAGGAGAAGGUCCUCAAGCAGGCGAUCAAGAGGAUGCAAGAGGAGGAGUAGGAGAAGGAGAAGAAGGGGUGGCUGUUGUAAAGCCAGUAUGUCUAGCGUCGCUGAUGGUGAAAUGCCGGACGAUUUGGCAGAAACGAGCGGAACAAAUCACGGAACGAGCCACAACGAACCGGAUACCGUCGCCAGCACUCGGCUCGUUGCCCGAAAAUCGAGCUAG